UACUUCAAAGUCACUCCAUUCUCUUAGGCGGUAGCCGUAGGUGCAUAUAAAUUUAUCUGGGCAAUUGCUCUAGCGCGGGCGAUCCGAAGGUUUAAACCGUAGGACACAAGAUUAUUGCAGUCAUGAAGUUUUCUGGUCAGGAGGAUGAGUUAGAGAGUUCUUGGAUAUGCAAUUUGUUUUGACAAGGGAAGGAUUCGAAAGUUCAUUGUUGAACUAGUCCCCCAUUUACAUAUUUAUUGCCACUUUUCGUUUCUGUUUAUUUUGUUCCCACUUUUUGGCUCCUAUACUGCGAAGAAGGGUCCUGCAGGCUUGGGUUUGCGACGAAGAGAGCGGUUGUCUUAUGAGUGUAGGCCACCAUGAAUGCCACAGUGAUAGACCCAUUUCAGGGGGAUUUCCCGGAAGUGAUAGAAGAGUUUCUGGAGAAGGGCAUGGCCAGAUGCAUUGCGUUCAAUCGCCGAGGAACCUUACUAGCAGCUGGCUGCACAGAUGGAGCCUGUGUUAUAUGGGACUUUGAAACCAGAGGAGUUGCCAAAGAACUCCGUGAUAAUGACUGUACUGCAUCCAUAACAAGUGUGUGCUGGUCCAAGAAUGGUUAUCGAAUACUGACAUCAUCUGUUGACAAAUAUUUGACACUGUGGGAUGUUUGUGAGGGGACAAAACUGACACGUGUCAUGCUCCAGCAGACUGCCCUGUAUGCUCGUCUUCAUCCUGGAUCAACAAAUCCAUCUUUGGGCUUAGCUUGUCCCAUGUCAAGUGCGCCUAUCCUUGUGGAUUUCAAUUCAGGCACUCAACAUGUACUUCCCCUCUCAGCACAUUCUACAGGUACAGAACCAGUUCAUGGUUCUCGGAGUAAAUUUCCUGAUGGAGGUGUAGUUUUUUCUUCUGCUACUGCAAGCUUUAACAAAAAAGGCGAUUUAAUUUAUGUUGGAAAUUCCAAAGGGGAGAUUUUAAUUAUUGAUACACAAACUAGAAGAAUACAAGCUGUAUUUCAGGUUCCUGGAGGUGCAUUAAUUAGACAGAUUGUCUUUAGUAAGAGUGGAAAGUAUCUACUCACUAACUCUGGGGAUCGUACAAUUCGGGUUUUUGAGAAUUGUUUACCACAGAAUAAAGCAGCUCAAGCUUUAGAAAACUUAAAUAAUGGUUCAGGAGACAGUACAGUGACUGAAAUCAUGAAGCGGGUGGGAUCUCAAUGCUUAACACUUUCUAAGGAGUUUCAGGAUGCAGUUAAUCGUCUACCAUGGAAGGUUGCAUGUUUCAGUGGUGAUAGUGAGUGGAUUGUUGGUGCACCUGCUAGCAAAGGGGAACACAAGAUAUGUAUAUGGAACAGGCAAGGGAAACUUGUUAAGAUACUAGAAGGGCCGAAAGAUAGCUUAACAGAUUUGUCAUGGCAUCCUGUAAGACCACUGGUGGUUUCAGUCUCCCUGUCAGGAGGGGCUGUGUUUAUAUGGGCUAAAGAUUAUACAGAAAACUGGAGUGCUUUUGCUCCAGAUUUCAAGGAGCUCGAGGAGAAUGAAGAAUAUGUUGAAAGAGAAGAUGAGUUUGACAUGAAGCCUGAUACUGAGAGGGUUACAACUGCACAUGUGGAUGAAGACGAGGAGGUUGAUAUAACAACUAGAAAAAACUUUUUAGAUUAUAGUGAUUCAGAUGAUUCACACGAAGGGCUAUACUAUUUACCUACAAUACCAUUGCCAGACAGUCCUAAACAGCAGGAUCAAUCUUCAGAAAGCCCUUCGAAACCUGAAAAUAGUACUCCUUCUCAGUCAGAUAGGUCACCCAUCAUAGAUGAAGGAAAAGAUAAAACACCAGAGCAGAGCACCUGUCAAACUCCGGAUUCUCUAGUGGAUGAGACGAGUUUAAAUGGCCGAGCUAGGAGGAGACGGAAGCUAUCAGAGAAAGGAGCAGAGAUGCAGGCUGAAAUGGGACGCAAAACAUUUCAGAAGCAUGGUCCUAGCACAAAGAAGAAGGCUGGAGUAAAAAGUAGCAUUGGGGCUGCAACCAAUUUUGCCCUGAUUGAAGGUAGUUCACUGGAUAAAGAGGAGGGUUUGGGAGAAUUUGGAGAUGAGAUUCCAGGCAUGCCGCAAAAGACCAGUAAGAAAAGACUCAAGACUGGUCCUCAAAUGCAUCAUCUUGAACCAGCCGGCUCACCUACAGAUGAGGCAAAUGGCUUUCAGAAUGAAAGAUAUAUGUAAAAUCUUGUCAUUGUUUUUCCCCAUCCAACUUCUUUCCCCUAAAAUGCAUUUCCAGAAUAUAAAAUCAAAAUUCAUUUGUUUAUGAAUUUUGAGCUGCUUUGUCAAUCAUGAGCUUUGAUUACAGUGUUGGAAAACAACAUUGUAUAAUUUGAGUUUAAAGCCAUGACCAACCUUCAUGCAUUCACAUACAAUGUGCUAUAUGUGAUGCUGUAUAUCUGGUUAAUUUCAGCAUCAAUUUUUGCACCAUGGCAUGCAAAGCAUAUACAAGUUCCAUUCUUUAGGGUUUUAUUGUUACAUUUUUAUUGUCUAGUGAGUAUACUCCCUUUUAUGGACAAUACACAUUUUUGGAGGGUUCUGUAAAUUCUUUUUCCUGUGGUUUAUGUAAUGGAAGCACCAUAGUUGCAAGAUA